AUGUCCACGUCAGUAACAACAUCUAGUGAAUUAACAUUCUUAAAUAAGACAAUUGCUGUAUCGCCCUUGGUGUUAUUGUCAGUUGUCGAUCAUUACAACCGUGUUUCCAAAGAUUCUAAAAAGAGAGUAGUUGGGGUGAUAUUGGGAGACAAUUCCAGUGACACUAUAAAUGUUACCAAUUCAUAUGCAAUUCCAUUUGAAGAAGAUGAAAAGAAUCCAAGUGUUUGGUUUCUAGAUCAUAAUUUCAUUGAUUCAAUGGGAGAAAUGUUUAAAAAGAUUAAUGCUAAAGAAAAAUUAAUUGGUUGGUAUCAUUCAGGUCCAAAAUUAAAACCAUCUGAUUUAAAAAUAAAUGAUGUAUUUAGAAGAUAUACUCCUAAUCCGUUAUUAUUAAUUGUGGAUGUUCAACCUAGAGAGGUUGGUAUUCCAACUGAUGCAUAUUUUGCAGUUGAAGAUAUCAAGAAUGAUGGUUCAGCAGCUGAAAAGACAUUUGUACAUGUUCCUUCAUUGAUUGAAGCUGAAGAAGCGGAAGAAAUUGGGGUAGAACAUUUAUUAAGAGAUAUCAGAGAUCAAGCUGCUGGAACGUUAUCAUUAAGAGUAACUCAGACUUAUCAAUCUUUAUUAGGAUUACAUCAAAAAUUAAGAGAAAUUGCCAAUUAUUUGGAUAAAGUAUAUCACAAGAAAUUGCCUAUCAAUCAUACAAUUUUAGGUAAAUUACAAAAUGUAUUUAAUUUGUUACCAAAUUUGGCUCAACCUUCCUCAACUUCUUCGCCUUCUUCUAAUCCAAAUCCAUUAGCUACUGCUUUUACUGUAAAGACAAAUGAUGAGCUUAUGAUUGUGUAUAUUAGUACAUUGGUUAGAGCAAUUAUAGCAUUCCAUGAUUUGAUUGAAAAUAAGUUGGAGAAUAAGAAAUUGAAUGAAAAUAAAAGUAAUGGUGGUAUUUCUGAAAAAUCUGAUGGAAUAGUGGUUGAUACGGAAUAG